UGCAAGCAGUUCAAUUUCACACACAAAUUUCACAGUAGCGGUUAACCCAUUUUUGGUUUUCAAACUCUCACAGGACAAGAGGAUGUUUCUGCAGUUUGUAACAGUAUUGCUUUUUUUGUUCAACCAAGACCAAAAGGCAUCUUCUUAUUCACUAAAGAACUGUGAGGUCCAUGGAUUAUUAACAAACAGAACAAAAGUUCUGUGCUAUGAUCGGCAAUUGACUCAUGUCCCAGCUUAUCUGCCAAGUAAACUUUUUUUCUUAGAUGUGUCUCAGAAUAAUAUCACAAGUCUGAGGAAAAGUGACUUCACGGAGAUGAGUAACUUGCACAUUCUGAAUGUUUCACAGAACAAAAUAGGUCACAUUGAAGAAGGGGCUUUUGUGCACACAAGUCGGAUGGAGAUCUUGAACCUCACUACAAACCAGCUGCAUCAUCUUACCAGCUUUAUGUUUGAUGGACUGUUCAACCUCACCGUCUUGCUGCUUGGCAACAAUCAGAUAUCCAGGAUUGAGCCAUCCGCUUUUGCCCACUUGGAGAAAUUAAAGGUAAUUGACUUGUCUUCAAACCAAUUAUAUACCAUGAAUGCUGUGCAUGCUGUGUUUGAAGUGGAAUCUUUGGAGGAGCUGCACAUCAAAGACAAUGGCUUGCAGAACCUCUCAACUACAGAGAUCAUUAGUGUACUUGUGCGGCUUCGUGAACUGGAUGCAUCCCAUAAUCCGAUUUCUCUCAUUGACAUUGCCACCCCAGCUUUGCAAAGUCUUCUUUCACUUGAUGUAUCCUACUCUACUCCCAGAGGCUCCACUGUAUGGCUAAAGCAAGAUCCGUGCUUCUUGAAAGGGUUAAAGAUAAUAUAUUUAGGAGGAAUGGCUAUGAUACCAUCAAACAUAUCAGCCUUGCUCCAAAUGCUGAAUUGUUCUGUUUUAGAGAUUAUCCACCUAAACCACUUGAAUUUGACUGAGUCAGAUGGCCUUAUAGAGAAGGUGUGUCUAUCACAUCCUAAUGUCAAAACCCUUAACCUACAAGGCAAUAGGUUCACAAGUAUUGAAGCAGAAACCUUUGAAAACUGCACACAGUUGAGAUCCCUGAAUAUGUCAUCUAACAGGCUGAAUAUGCUGCCACCAACAUUGUUUCAAUCACUGCAUUUUUUGCAAGUUCUUUCUUUGGUGGACAAUAAAUUCACUAGUGUACCAAAUGCAACUUCUAAUAUCACAUCAUUAGAAAGCCUAGAUCUUGGUUUUAACAAGUUCCACAUCAUUUCACCAGCUGACUUUAUUAAUCUACCUAGUAUUAAAAGUCUCUGCAUCAUUGGAAAUCAUAUUUCUCAUGUCCAUUCAGAUCUUUUUGGUAGCCUGUACAGUUUGCAAGAACUGAAUCUAGGGGAAAAUCAUUUAAGAAAACUCAAAGAACCUUUCUCAGCAGGCUUAGCAAUGCUGAAAACUCUGCUACUAAACCACAAUAAUCUGGCAUCCAUAAAGAAAGGCAUUUUCAAGAAUCUCACUUCUCUGCGGGUUCUUAAUCUGGUGGACAACCAGAUUGUCACAAUAGAACCAGGAGCCUGGGAAGGUUUGAAUAAUCUGCGCAGUCUUGUUCUUGGAAGCAACAGGAUCACUAGAGACACUUUGCAGGAUGGGACUUUUCAAGGGGUAAGUUCUUUAGAAGAACUUCAACUUUUUAGCAAUUACAUCAGUUAUGAGUCCACAAAGAGUCUUGCCAAUCCACCCUUUCAGCAUCUGCACUCUUUAAAGAAACUGGCAAUAAACAGCCAACGUCAUAAUGGAUUUCAGAAUUUUCCAGUUAACUUCUUGGAAGGAUUGCACUCCAUUGUGCAGAUUCAUGCAGGCAAUUUAGCAAUCUCUUCCUUAGAACCUGAAACUUUUAAACACACCCCUACUCUCCAAGAGCUUGAUUUAAGUGAAAAUAACCUGAUCUCAAUUAGCAACACAGUUUUCUCAUAUGUGCCAAACCUGAAAGAACUCCACCUCAAUAAAAAUAGACUAAAUUCUCUCAGCUUUGUUUCCCAUGUCAAUCUUUCCAAGCUGACUGUCAUCAGAGUAACUAGAAACCUAAUAGAUAUAAUCACAAAAGAGCAAAUAAGAGCUUUGCCAAACCUCCUUUUACUUGAUGCACAACAAAACACCUUCACCUGUUCCUGUGAUAACCAAAUGUUCCUCAACUGGUCACUACAGAAUCCUAAAACUCAGGUGCUCCAUUUCUAUCAGUACACCUGUGCUUCACCACCAGCAUUUAAAGGGAAGAAAUUGUUGGUCUUUAAGAAAAUCUCUUGCAUAUCUGACUGUAUGUUUAUCCUUUAUGUUGCAAACAUGACAGCAGUCCUGUUAUUGAUGCUUGUCUGCUUCUUUUAUCAAUGGAGAAUGCACAUGAUCUAUAGUUACUACCUAUUACUUGCAUACUUUAUUGACAAGAGACAAAAAAGGAAGGGUCAAUGCAUGGAAUAUGACUAUGAUGCUUUCCUUUCCUACAACAAACAUGAUGAACAGUGGGUGAUAAAUGACCUCCUACCAGUGCUGGAAAACCAGUAUUGUUGGAAACUUUGUCUGCAUCACCGAGACUUUCAGCCAGGACGGCCCAUCCUGGAAAACAUUGUAGACAACAUAUAUGCCAGCAGAAAGACCAUUUGUAUAAUAAGUCACCAUUACCUGAACAGUGAGUGGUGCUCCAAGGAAAUCCAAGUGGCAAGUUUCCGCAUCUUUGAUGACUGCAAGGAUGUCCUGGUGCUCAUUUUCUUGGAAGACAUUCCUAGUGAGUACCUGUCACCCUACCACAGAAUGAGAGAACUGGUGAAGAAGAAAACAUACCUCAAAUGGCCCAAGGAUGAGCAAGAGAUUCCAUUGUUUUGGCUUAAACUCAACAUGGCUAUGAAGACUGGUGAAAGAAAAGAGGAUGAAAAUCCUAUUUUGGCUUGAUUUGUUUCAACAAUGUUCCAUAAAAAGAGUACCAGUACCCUGUAGUGAGUUUAUGCAUACCAUGUUUAAUCAUCAGAACAUUAUAUAACUAGGAUUAUAAUAAUAGUAGUAGUAGUAGUUGUUGUUGUUGUUGUCGUCACUCUGGUAAUAGUAGACAUUGGUUAGGUUCAAACAUCACAAGAAGCCACGGUGAGUUCUUACUCUGGCUGGUUCACCAUGUUGUCCAGACCCAGUUGUUGUAUUUCUGCAUGGUACUUUUAGUUUCCUGAGACCACAAAGAGAAUUAAUAGCCUGUUCUAAAUUUUCCAUGGCUCCUCUGGUCAUCAAGGCCCAGGUUCUUCUUUUUAGGAUAGAUGGCAUGGAAACACCAUAAAGUCCUGAAGAAAGAGAGGCUGCAGAAGUGGCCACUUAGCCAUCUGUUCUCUAUUAUCCUUGGCUCCCUAACAACACAUUUGUCAUCACCCACUUUAUUCCUAUUGGUCAAGUGAUGUGCCUAUCUCCUUGUUCACUUUUGGAGGCUGGAAAAAGUGUGUGAAUGCACAUAAUCAGAAGGGAAAAAUCAUGGCAUAAAUGUUUUAUACUUUAAAGAAAAAUCUCCUGGGGGCUGAAGUGGUUAGGAGGUAUUACAAGGACGCAGGAAUACUUGGGAGAGGGGAAAGAGAAAACCCACCUCAAGACCUCAGCAUAUUACUCUGGAUGAACUGUUGAGGUCAUAGAGAUACUGAAAGGAAGAUUUUACUCAAGAGGCUGCAAGGAUGUAUGGCAAGAACAAUCAGGUGGAACAGAGAACAUGGAAGCUGCAAUGCCCAGGGAAGCAUAUGAUCAUGUGACUGGUGUUUUCGGGGGGGAAAUUGCACUCUGUGGAAGCAGUGCAAGGUUCUGUGCCAUGAGAUGUGAACCCAGCCAUUGCCUGUUCCCGUCAGAUACUUUGUAGGAUCAGUUCCAAUGUAAUAUUUAUUUAUUUUUAAUGGAAAAAUACACUUGGACAAUUUUAAGACAAGGGCAAACACACAUUGAUUUUUUAAAAGGUUAUGUUUGUCCAGAAUAUUCAUACAAAUCUUAUGUGGGAUUUGCAUUUUGACAUUUUGCUUUACCAAGUGUGUCUAUGAAAGGAAACAUGUAACAUCAGAAAGCGACUCUAAAAGCAAAACUUGUGAUCUGUUCCUAUUCAUGAUGAGUGAGAAAGCAGUUACUUCAGCUGAGCAGAGGGGGAAUAAAACAGGAAUAGCUGGCUAGAACAUGCCCUGAGGAGUGUGUGGGCCAAUAAGAGAGAGGCAGACAGUGCAGGCAGGAGCAGUGCACCCUGGGAAUGAUUUUCAGUCAUGGGGGCUGAUGGGAUACGUAUUGCCAUUAUGAGGAACUAUGGAGGAGGUUGAAAACCACGCAAGCACAGAAACCAUGCAAUUGUCUGAACACAGCAACCAGGUAGGAGACCAUGCUGUGUGGUAACUACAUGGUAACCAUGCAGCAUGGUUUAGUGUUGUGUGAAUGCAGCCACAAAAUAGUGAGCAGCAGCAACAAUGGGAAGUCUGAGUUAUAAAAUAAAUGGCCAAUCAGUUUGGUGAAACCAGAAUAAAGAAAACACAACUCUUCCUUCAUGUAGUAUUGUUGGGUAUAAUGGGUAUACAGGAGUAAGCUUUUACAAGUCAUUAUAGUUUCUAAAAAUGAUUAGGUGUAUACAUUUGUUUAGUGAUCUUUGCUGCCUAAAUUGUUUUAUAGUUUAUUUUUGCAAAUCAGUGAACAGGAAAAAAGGGUAUUUUUGACUUGGAGAAAAAUUGCUUCAGCUUUUUGAAGUUACUGUUAUUGUUUGGACCUACCUAUUUCUAACCCCAUUCACCAAAUGAAUAGUUUGAUAUAUAAUCUUUUGAUUUGCAAGAUAAUGGAUUACCAUGCCAGGACAUAACACCUCGCUUUGGAGGACAAGGUUGUCUGGUACAGUAAUAAUUAAACUGCUGAAUUCUGGUAAAGUAACUUAAAAGCUACACAUUUAGAGCUAAGAAUAACAUCUAACCAGCAGGGAAUAGAGAGUGUUUUCUGAGUAAAUAUUUCAUACCAUUUCCUGUUUAUUUUAUGUAGAAAUUCUGUACUCUUCUAAACCUUGUAUAUGUUAUUUGUUGGCCCAAUUGAACAUACACAGCAUAACACACUUAUUCUAGUGUGGUUGUAAACUGAUUAAUUGUAUGAUGGUAUGGUUCUGUUAUUUUAAUUUUUUACCAGUUUUAUUGCCAGAAAGCUUUGUGUUUUCAUUGCACUAAAUUUUAAAUCAUCUUUGAGUUUUGGCUGUUGGGCUGUGUACAAAUAAAUAAAUAAAUAAAUAAAUAAAUAUUUGUUA